AUGCAAGGUCACAAGUGUGUCCUUGUGUGGACUGUCGCUCUUGCUGCGCUUGUGGAUGCAGACUUGGAGGGUAUUUCCAGCUUCACGAUUCCAUCAUUCGACUAUGGUUUGUUACAAGAUGGUGACACUCCAGACCGUCUCCUUCAAGCUCUGGAACGUGGAGGUAUUAUUGCACUCAAGAAUAUCCCAAACUAUGCCCAUGUUCGAGAACGCUUCUUGAUUAGUGCUGUGCAAUGUGCCGUUGCUUCGGAACAUGUCGACGAAGGAAGACGCUACUUAUCGACCAAAACAUUUCAUGACGGAACUCGUCGCCUUACGUUGCGAGCUGCUGCAGGUCGUGAGCUCAUGAACACGGACAUUGAUUCAUUGAAAGUGAUGGCAGCCAUUUGCCCAGGUCACCGUGAACUCUACGAAGAUUUCAGCAGUACAAUUGAGCGAGCGGUAGACACGUUUGCAUUAGCACUUGACAAGACCAAGUUCACGAUGGGUGAUGGCGAGCGAAGCAUUAGUGCCCGAAAACUGAUUGGAGACGCGAAACGGUUGGACCAUUUCCACGCUUACGAGGCGGCUCCGGGGAUCUCACCAAUUUCCAGUCACCGGUCACUAAUGGCCGAGAACAUUGAGCAAGACUUGUCCUUGGGCAUGCAUGAAGACCACGGCCUCUUUAUUGCAAUGGCAGCACCGAGCUUCUACUCGUUCAAUGGUCAGGAUGGAAACAUUCGCGAGAGAUGCUUCGAAUCCGAUACGUCGGGUCUAGUGAUCGGAUCUCUCGAGCUCGAUGAAAUCGUUCGUCCAGAGCUCAAAGCAGACGAACUCGUUAUCAUGAUCGGCACUGGUGCAUCGCGUUGGUUGGAGACCAGCCACCAUCUACCUGCCGUCACGCACGGCAUGAGAAUGCCGAAAGAAAUGGUCUGGGACGACGAAGUUGUACCAGGGCAACGCAAUUUUCGUGCAUGGUUUGGCAAGAUGACGAUGUUACCUUCGUAUCAGCGCCUAGUCGAGACGAAAACAUCCUUCGCUCAGUUCGCCAAUCUAUCAACUCGCCACUUGCAGGCCUAUGGAAACUCAAAGGAUGACUUGAAAGCCAUCGGUUGCGCAGGAGGUCGUCAUUUGGUAGAGUCCGAAGCAAGCUGCACCUACAGAUUUUGCACAUUGAGACCGGGCGUGGAAAAACCACCGACGGUCGGGUGUCAGCAAGCAUGCAACUAUAACAUGGAGUUUUUUAACGACAAGUGCGAGAAGAAGUGUGAUUGCACUAGAACCACCACUCAAGCUGAUGAGUGCUGGAUGCUUUGUGUCCCUCAACUCCCCGUCGAAAGGUGUGCGCUCAAAGAUCAGGAAUGCUCAGGCCUGAAGCGUAUCUGUACGGCAAACAACACUACCCCGAUUGCAUCCUCAGCCCCUGUGACACCAACGGAAGCGCCUGCAUUCACAAAGAUGCAAAUGCCUCUUACGGAAUCCCAAGGAGCACCCAUGCCUUCGACACCUCAAAGUGUAUGA